GUUUUUCGGCAUAAAGAAAAUCAAGUGUAUAUUAAGCAUAGAAUUGUUGGUUAGUACUGCAUAGAAACUGAACAUACUAUUUCCUGGAAAAAUUAAGGGUAAAACAUGAGUCUCACGUCCGCUGCGGGGAUAAUUUCCCUACUUGACGAACCGAUGCCAGACCUGAAGGUGUUUGCCUUAAAGAAGCUCGACAACAUUGUGGACGAGUUCUGGCCAGAAAUCUCCGAGUCUAUUGAAAAGAUAGAGAUGCUGCAUGAGGAUCGCAGUUUUCCGGAGAAUAAGUUAGCUGGCAUGGUCGCGUCAAAAGUAUUUUACCACUUGGGCUCCUUUGAGGAUGCCCUUACAUAUGCGCUGGGCGCUGGCGAUCUAUUUGAUGUAAAUGCGCGCAACGAGUACACGGAAACAAUCAUUGCCAAAUGCAUUGAUUUCUAUAUUGCGCAACGUGUGGACUUCAUUGAGAACCCCAAGGAGGCAAAACCCGUAGACGAGCGUCUCGAGGGUAUUGUAAAUCGCAUGAUUCAGCGCUGCCUUGACGACAACCAGUUUCGACAAGCAUUGGGCAUAGCACUCGAGACACGACGCAUGGACAUUUUUGAAGUGGCCAUCAUGAAGUCGGACGAUGUGCGCGGAAUGCUGGCGUAUGCCUAUAAUGUGACUAUGUCUCUCAUACAGAACCGUGGCUUCCGCAAUGAGGUGCUACGUUGCUUGGUUGGUUUGUAUCGCGACUUGGGCGUUCCUGAUUAUGUAAAUAUGUGUCAGUGCUUGAUUUUCCUGGAGGAUCCUUUGGCCGUCGCCGAAAUGCUGGAUAAACUUACGCGUUCUUCGGUGGAGACAAACAAUCUAAUGGCCUAUCAAAUUGCCUUUGAUCUGUAUGAGUCGGCAACACAAGAAUUUCUCGGAAAUGUUUUGCAAGCUCUGAAGGAUACGGCUCCCAUUCCAACAGCCUUGCCUAGUACAUUUAAGCCUCAAGGCACCAACGAAACUGCGGCCAAGAGUGAUGACGAAAAGGCAAAAGAAGAUAGCAAAGAGGACAAAGAAGGCGAUGCCAAAAUUGAACGCACCAUUGAGUCCUUAAACGAUAUGGAGAAGCUGCAUCAAAAAAAUAUUGAGAAACUCAUUUCAAUAUUGUCCGGUGAGGUCUCCAUUGAUUUGCAGCUGCAAUUCCUUAUACGCAGCAAUCACGCUGAUCUGCAGAUUUUACGCGGCACAAAGGAAGCCGUCCGUGUGUCCAUUUGCCAUACAGCAACGGUCAUUGCGAAUGCCUUCAUGCACAGUGGGACAACAUCUGAUCAAUUCCUGCGCGAUAAUCUAGACUGGUUGGCUCGUGCAACAAAUUGGGCCAAGUUAACGGCCACCGCCUCGCUGGGAGUUAUCCAUCGGGGUCAUGAAAAGGAUUCGCUGGCACUGAUGCAGAGCUACUUGCCCAAGGAGACGGGGCCCAGCUCCGGCUACUCUGAGGGUGGUGCGUUGUAUGCUUUGGGUCUGAUACACGCAAAUCAUGGCGCUAAUAUUAUUGACUACCUGUUGCAACAGCUGAAGGAAGCACAAAACGAGAAUAUACGUCAUGGCGGCUGCCUGGGAUUGGGCUUGGCCGCGAUGGGUACACAUCGCCAGGAUCUGUACGAACAACUUAAAUUCAACUUAUAUCAAGAUGAUGCAGUCACCGGUGAAGCUGCUGGCAUUGCCAUGGGCAUGGUCAUGCUAGGCUCAAAAAAUGCGCAAGCAAUUGAGGAUAUGGUGUCAUAUGCUCAGGAUACGCAGCAUGAGAAGAUUCUGCGUGGCCUUGCUGUGGGUAUAUCGUUGACCAUGUUCUCCCGCUUAGAGGAGGCAGAUCCUCUGGUUACCAGCUUGUCUACCGAUAAAGAUCCCGUUUUACGUCGUUCUGGCAUGUACACCCUGGCUAUGGCCUACAAUGGCACCGGCAGCAACAAGGCUAUUCGUAGGUUGUUGCAUGUGGCCGUAUCAGAUGUCAAUGAUGAUGUGCGCCGUGCCGCAGUGACAGCUAUUGGUUUCAUUCUUUUCCGCACACCAGAGCAAUGCCCCUCAGUGGUCAGCCUGCUGGCCGAAUCCUAUAAUCCUCAUGUGCGGUACGGUGCUGCUAUGGCUUUGGGUAUUGCAUGCGCCGGCACAGGACUGCGUGAAGCCAUCGCCCUACUGGAGCCCAUGGUCAAGUUCGACCCUGUCAAUUUUGUGCGGCAAGGUGCACUAAUUGCAUCCGCUAUGAUCUUGAUUCAGCACACGGAUUUGACAUGUCCAAAAACCACAUUCUUCCGUCAGCUGUACGCAGAGGUUAUUAGCAACAAGCACGAGGAUGUUAUGGCCAAAUAUGGUGCCAUCUUGGCACAAGGUAUUAUUGAUGCCGGUGGUCGUAAUGCCACGCUGUCGUUACAGUCGCGGACAGGGCAUACCAAUCUUCAAGCGGUUGUGGGAAUGUUGGCUUUCACACAAUACUGGUAUUGGUUCCCAUUGGCACACACUCUUUCGCUGGCCUUUACGCCAACAUGUGUAAUUGGUCUGAAUUCGGAUUUAAAGAUGCCUAAAAUGGAGUUCAAGUCGGCUGCAAAGCCAUCGCUCUACGCAUACCCCGCUCCACUAGAGGAGAAAAAGAGUGAGGAGCGUGAGAAAGUUGCAACUGCUGUGCUCUCGAUUGCAGCACGUCAGAAACGUCGCGAAAAUGCCGAUAAGAAGGAGGACGACAAAAUGGAUGUCGACGAGGACAGCAAGGAAGGUGCUGCAGGCAGCAAGAAGGACGAUGACAAAUCUGAAGCAACAAUAAAAACAGAUGAGAAGGUCACUGAAGAGAAACCCAAAAAGGAGGAAAAAGAAAAGAAGAGAGAGGAUGAAAAGGAAAAGGAGUCGGUAGCCAGUAGUAGCACAAGCGCUCUAUCAUCGGACAAGGAUAAAAAAGAAGAGAAAGAUAAGAAAGAUAAAAAAGAGCCCGAACCUACUUCUGAAAUCCUCCAGAAUCCAGCACGUGUGCUACGCCAGCAGCUGAAAGCUCUUAGCGUUAUCGGUGGUCAGUCGUACGAGCCACUUAAGGAUGUUACAAUUGGUGGCAUUAUUGUGUUCCAACAUACUGGAAAAUCAGACGAAAUGCAGGAGCUGGUAGAACCGGUUGCUGCGUUUGGUCCCAUGGCUGACGAAGAAAAGGAGCCCGAGCCACCAGAGGCAUUUGAAUACUCUGAGGAAUAAAUGAGCAUGUUGUUCGUCAUUAUCUAAAUAAUCUUGUUCUGAUGUCAUUCAUACUUUUCACGAAAUGUACUAAAACAAAAUAAACUUAAACAAUUACUUCAAA